UGUUAUUAUUUUUGUCACGAUAGUCACCUGCUGUCUGCACAGCAACACUCCCCAUACCUCCGUGGCCUGGAGAGCAACAGAGGACUCUACUCUCCUGCUCCUGGGGUGGCCAGUGUACCUGCAGGAUUCCAGUCCAGCUGUGCUCUUAAGCGCCCCAGUCAUUUCCUUACUGGCUUAAUCAGACCAGUUUGUUAAUUUCUCCCUACUCUUCGGAUGCUGCUGGUCUAGGGCGCACCGGACCCCUGUCCGUGAACCUAGGCUGCGCCUGUGUCAAUACAUCACGUCACCGAGACUCCGAAACAGACGCGGAAGCGAUCUGUCGCCUUCUUGUGGGAACCUUUUGCAAAAACAUCUUGGUGUGUGUGCGUGUUGGAAGAGGGGCGGCUCGUUCAGAGAACAAAACAGAACAGCUGACUGGAAACACCACUGCACUCAUUUUUUACGGUCGUCGCCUUGUGCAGUUUGUACACGGCCUUAUGAGUAUUUUUUUUUUUGCUGUUUUUUUUUUCUGCCAUCGCCUAUUGGGAUCCGACACAACUUUUGGAGAAAGAGACGAGACCAGGGUUAUGUCCUGGCGAAAACAUGUCUCCCGGUCGCCAUCGCUGUUCGGCGUCACAUCACAAUCAGCGAAAUAAAAAUCGAUAAUAAAGCGAAUCGGAACCGUAGCUCCCCCGGUUAUCGCGCUCCUGUCACUAACGCUCUCUGUCUCUCUCUGAAGUAGGACUGAUUUUUUUUUCUCUGUAUUUCUGUCCCAAAGUAAACCCGUCUGUAGCCCCACCUUAAAGCGUAAACACAAGCCUUAACUCUGAUUCAAAUCCAGCCAAUCAGGAACUAUAAACAACAGCCGGGGCCACGCCUUCUUAUUAAUGAUUUCCCCUCUCUGCCAAUCAUUCCACGAUCCGCCAAUCAGCGAGCGGCUAGGCUCCAUCCUGCGCCGACCCUUUCUUUGUGAUGUUUUUAAGUUUGAGCCAAUCAGCAGCGGCGUUUUCUCAUUCCUUACAACCCGUUUGGUCAUAGGAAGCGCCAGGGCCUCGGCUGGGGCUGUCCCCGUUUACGCCUGACUGAAUCGUUUUAUUAUUUACUUCAGAUCCUUCAAAGAAGUCAGUGCUACCCUUCCUCUUUCUUCUGGAUGUCAUGUUUAUUUUAUAUGUAGUUCUGCAGCAUUUCUUACAUAAACUCAUCUGUCAGAAUUGAAGAUUUGAUGAUUUACUAAAAUCUUGAUUUUUAGUAACCCAGAAUUUAAUAACUCAGUGUGUGUCUUUUCAUAUUUGAGAUUUUGUGUGAGCAUGUGUGUGAUGGCACAUCGGUGCCUGAGAAACAGAAAAGACAAUCACCAGCUAUCUGUAAUUCCAUCUCUCCAAGAUAGACCUAAAACUCCCCCUAAACUCUACAGAUGGAAUAAAGGGAGCUCUAGGCCCUUGGAAAAUUAGAUUCUGUGUGACCAGGACUUACAAGAAGAAAGUACAAUUUUAAAGAACGUGUCUUUCCUAUUAUUCUUUUUUAUUUAAUGAGCCCUCUUUAAAAUGUUAUACUUGCCCUGCUAGUUAAGACCUCUCUCCCCGAUUUGCACUGCCCGUUCGGUAGCUGUUUCCUGAAGGAAGUCGGGGUAUCAGCUUGUUCCACACUCCCGCCCCCCUUUGGGUAAGGCUUGGGCAUCACUAGCUGAAUGACAGGGUUAGUGGAUAAGGACUCGGGACUCCUAACUACAGGGAGAGGGAGGGGGACACUGUCUAUGAUUAAGACCUAGAACCAGGAGGUGAACUAGAACCGUGUAGUGAAGGGACUGUCCUGCUGGAAGCAGGCUGUGUUCCUUCAGCGUUUUUUAUUGGUCUGAGUGUAAACGGCUGGUGCAGAAGUAGACCAGGGUAGAGUCCCCAGCUCCUCACCCUCACUCAGCUCCUAAUGAUGCUCAUCGUGGGCUCCUCCGGACAUGUUCACAAUAGACAGUGCUGCACACCGAAUCAGGCAUUGUUCAGUGUUACUGUGCAGCUACAGAUGAUCAGUCUUUACAGUAUCUACAGGUCUGAGGAUGAUGAGUGUCAAUGUGAGGUUACAGAUGACCAGACUGAGAGUCUUUACAGUAUCUUCAGGUCUGAGGAUGAUGAGUGUUAAUGUGAAAUUAGUUAUAAAGGGAACAGACAUUUGGAAGCUUUUUUUCCUUGACUAGGCUAACCUUUGUGGUUAUGCAAUACACACUGCCAGAAUGAAGUAAUUCACAUCUCCCAUGAAACAAAUAAUGUCUGAUGUGAAUCACCUGUUUCACGAUUCAGUCAAAAUAAGAUCGAAAGCAAUCAGUCAAAAGGAAAUCAAAACAGUUACUACUGAAAUGACCUGUGUGCUGUAAUCUGCUCGCCACAGACUGGCAGGAGUGCGUCUGAUUUUUGGUCAGGCGAUCGCGCCGGGCCGCCCUGCCCUGCUCCGUGUGUUGCUCUGCCGGGUCCUGUAUGGGAGCCCGUGCGGGGCUGUGCCGGAGACCCCGCGCUGCCUGCACCUCUAUCGUCUCGGUUGACAUGGAUGAUGAAGAUGGCAGGUGCUUGCUAGAUGUAAUUUGUGACCCACAGGCACUCAACGACUUUCUCCAUGGAUCAGAAACACAUUUGGACAGUGAUGACCUCUUGGAUGGCUCGGCUGACCCCUCCAGCUCCUUCUUCUCCAGUUCCGGGGGCCACAUCCCCGACGCACAGCCUUCCAAUCAGUUGUCAGCAAGUGAGCCCGCCGGGGUGCCCAGCAGCAGCGUGGACCUUGACUUCCUGGAGGGCGGGGGCGUCAUCCAGCCCAGGCUGUACCAGAUCUCCCCGAAACCGCAGUACGGGGCGGCCCAGCCGGCGCCACAGCAGAACCCGCAGCAGCAGAACCAGCAGAAUCAGCCGCCGCCGCAGUCACAGCAGCAACAGCAGCAGCAGCAGCAGCAGCAGCUGGGGACGGCCGCCCACUCCUUGCAGAACGACGCUGGGAAAGCUCUGGGGCUGCAGCAGGGGCAGGUCCCUGUUUCGGCGCCCCAGAACGUGGCCUUCAUGACGGGCAAGCCCGGCGCGAACGUCGUCCUGAGCGCGGCGCAGCAGGGGGCGCAGUUCUCGCCGGCCUUCAUCAAGCAGCAGGGGCCGCACGCCGCGGGGAAGCCGGUCAGCCUGCACCUGCUCAACCAGGGCGGGAGCAUCGUCAUCCCCUCGCAGACCGUCCUGCAGGGGCAGAACCACCAGUUCCUGCUGCCGGGCCAGCUGUCCCAGCUCCAGGCGGGGGGCCAGAUCCUGACCCAGCACCCCGGGGGCCACAUCAUCACCAGCCAGGGCCCCGGGGGGCAGCUGAUCGCCAACCAGAUCCUCGCCACCAACCAGAACCUCAACCUGGGGCCCGUGUUGACUUCUCAGGGGCCCUCUGGCACCGCCCACAUCCUCUCCGGGCCCAUCCAGCUCCAGCCCGGUCAAAUGGGACACCACACCCUCUUCCAGAUGCCGGUUUCGCUGGCCCAGCCCCAGGCGCAGGCCCACCACCCCGCGGGACACGCGCAGACGGUCAUCCAGGGCAUGAUCCCCAACUCUCUGACCAUGCUGAGCCAGGUGGACAGCGUGGGCGCCGCCAUCAGCCUGCAGCCCACCCCACAGCAGCAGGCGGGCGGUAUCCCCAGCAACAGCGCCGGAGGGGUGGCAGUGGCAGCCCAGUGCCAGCAGGGGGAGACUGUUGCCGUGCUGGGGGGCGGCGCCGAGCAGGCCGCCCACCCCUCUGUCCCUCCCCCUCCCUCCAUCCUCACGGUCCAGACCGCCCCCUCCAUCCCCGUCUCAAUCUCGUCCUCCUCUUCGUCCUCCUCUCCAUCCCCCGCCACUGCCUCCUCUUCCAUCUCUUCCUCCGCCCCCCCCUCCUCUGCCCUGCCGCCCUCUGCCCCCCAGCACAGUCCCGGGAAGCUGAUUCUCGCCCCCCAGGGUCCCAGCAUGAUCCUCAGCCACGAGCCUCUUCACAUGUUCCUGCAGCAGGACCAACAGCACCAAUCAGAGAGCACUCAGCCCCCUUCUGUGUGUGUCCCCGCCUCUGUCAUCAUCAGCAGCACCGAAGGUCCGGCCCCGUCUGGCCGUGACAGCCUGGGACAGAGCUCCGCCCCCUCUCUUGGCCCCGCCCACAAGGCGGCAGUGGUGUAUCAGAUCCCCUCGACGGGACACCAGCAGCAGCCGAAAAUCCUGGGGUCGUCCCCCUCACACUCCCUGCAGCCUCACGGCACCCCCACCUCUCUGUCGGACAGCCCCCAGCCACCCCUGCAGCCUUCCCCCCUUGUCUUGGGGCAGCAGAUGCAGUCGCCCCACCAGUCUCGCCCCCCGUCGCAGCCCCAGCCCCAGUCGCGCCCCCCCUCGCGCUCCUGCACCCCGUCCUCCCUGCCCCCGCUCUUCAUCAUCCACAACCAGAUCGGGGGGUCCCCUCAGCACACACCCCAGCAACACCCCGUGCAGCUACCACAGCAACAGUCCCAAACGCAGCCUCGGCCCCCCUCCUUCCAGCAGGACGUGGCCACGCUCGCCACUUCGUCUUCCUCCUCCUCCUCCAUCGCCCCCUCCUCCUCCCCCAAGCCGCCCGCACCCCCCGCCCCCACGCUGCAGUUCCAGUUCACAGCGCCACCCCCGGGCUCAACAGGGAAACAGCAGCUUGGCCUGCAGAGCCUGACGGUGGAGCAGCAGCACUCGCUCCAGCUGGUGGGGGCUCAGCUGCAGACGCUGUCGGCCAUCGCACAGCCCUCCACCCACCAGAAACAGCUGCUGGACAAACUGCAACAGUUUCAGCACAGUAUUAUCCUCCAGCCGAAUCAGCAGGCUCCACCCCCGUCGCUGUCCUCCAAUCAGUUCAGCCCUCAGCAAGAGCCGCCCCCUGCCCAGGCUGUGACAUCAUCGCCAGGCAACAGUGCUCCUGCCCAGCUAGCCUCUCUGCUCCAGCAGACCUCGGUUCUGGUGAAGACUCCACCCUCGACAACUCCUGCAUCUCUCAAGAGGCCUUUCAGCCUCCAGCCCAGCAAGGAGGCCAGGAUGCUGGAACAGCUCCGGAAGCAGCAGGGAUCCGUGCUGCACCCUGAUUACCAGUCUCCAUUCCGCUCCUUCGAGGACGCUCUGUACCGCCUGCUGCCCUACCACCUGUACCAGGGCACCGACUCCUCCAACCACGAUUACCAGAGAGUGGAUGAGGAGUUCGAGAAUGUGUCCAGUCAGUUGUUGAAGCGCACCCAAGCCAUGCUUAACAAAUACCGCCUGCUGCUCUUCGAGGAGUCCAAGCGGCUGGGACCAUCAGCUGAGAUGGUGAUGAUCGACAGGAUGUUCAUCCAGGAAGAGAAGACAGCGUUGAACCAGGACAGGAUAUUGGCAAAGGAGAGACCAGAUGAAUAUGUCGCUAACUCACAGUCCCUGCAGAGCAUGGUGGCUUCUGCUCAGCGCUCCCUGUCUGCGGACAGUGGUACUGCAAGGGCGUCCGGGGUGGGCGUGCCCGCUGGGGGAGGAGGCGGGGCCACUGCAGCCCAAGCCCCUCCCCUCUUCACCCCCACCAAGCUGGUGAUCAAGCAGGGCGGAGGCGGGGCCUCUGUGUCCUGGGCCACGGGCUCGGGCCCACCCCCGACGGCGCCGGGGUCGACAGGGGGUCAGAGCUCGUCGCAGCCGCCCUCUCUUCCGCCCCCGUCGCGCCACCCCUCCGCCGGUCUGGGCGACGACGACGACGACGCCCUCCCCUCGCGCAGCAAGCCGCCGAUCAAGACCUACGAGGCGCGCCGGCGCAUCGGCUUGAAGCUCAAGAUCAAGCAGGAGGCGGGGCUGAGCAAGGUCGUCCACAACACAGCGCUGGACCCCGUCCACACGCAGCAGCCCCAGCCAGCCGAGCCGCCGCCCAGGCUCUCGGUUUCCACAGCAACCACCGUCAUCAGGACUCCGCCCCCUUCGGCCUGUAGCCCCGCCCCCACCGCGGCCACCAGCGUAGCAACCACAGCGGCAGGCCCCGCCCACCACCACCUGGCAACAGCCUCGGCUCCGGUGGCAUCGCCCCCGUUUUCUUCUUCUUCUUUUUCCUCGUCGUCCUCCUCCUCCUCCUCCGCCCAGAUGAACGGGACCUUGGAGCAUCAGGAAGGGGACCGGACCAGAAGGCACCCCCUUGCUGCUGGGGCGACGCCGCCGCCCCCCCCUCCCACCUCCUCUCAGACUACUUCCUGUCGCCUGCCGCUGCGGAAAACGUACCGCGAGAACGUCAGCCCCCCCUCCCGGCCGGGGGUGGUAGGCGGGGGGUGCAGCAGGGGGGCCAACCCUCAGCAGCUGCCCCCCCCCCGGGGGGGCCGGCCGGGCUCCCCCGGGUUGAUCCAGGAGCUGGCCGAAGUCGAGGAGGUGCUGUACCGCGGCGUGACCAAAAACCGCCACCACCGCCAGACGCACUCCCGCCACCGGGCGGAACAGGGGGGCCGGGCCCCGGAGCGAGCCCGGGGGGCCAGAUCCAAGAGCGGCGGGGGGGAGGCGGCGGGGGGGUCCGCUGGGGCCGACCGGCACAGUUCGCCCCUCUCCCUCCCUCCCCCGGCGGCCUCGUGCCCCUGGGACUCCGCGCUGCCCGCCAAGCGGCGGAAAUCGGACUCUCCGGAAGUGGACAACGCCAGCUUCUCCAGCGGCAGCCCCCCGCCCGACGACUCGCUCACCGAGCACCUGCAGAGCGCCAUCGACAGCAUCCUGAACUUGCAGCAGGGAGCGGGGGCAGCUGGCGCCGCCAGCGGCAACAGUGGCGGGAGUGUUGGCAGGGGCCAGGGCGCGCGGGGGCCGAACUCGUCCCUUUUGUCCCAGCCCCACCCCUUGCCCCCCGGCGCCGCCGCCGCCGCCGCCGCCUCGGCCCCCUCCUCCUACAGCAGGCCCCCUUUGUCGUCGUCCUCUUCCUCUUCCUCGUCGCCCUUGCUGCCCCAGUGCCCGCAGAUAGGGGGCGCCGGCGGGGGCGAGUUCUCGUCAUCACGCGGACAGAAUGGCAACUUGGUGUCCCGGACUUACAGCAGAUAACGUCCCCUCAGCCCGGGAGGGCAGGAGACAGGGAGGGAGAGAGGGAGCGGAGGAAGGAGGUGGCGACUGUGUCUCGAUCGCUCCCCGUGCUGUCCAAUGUAAGAUCGCUGUGUUGUUAUUUUUUUUUUAGUGGUCAAAACAGAAAAAACUUUCAAAAAAAGCUACGUGGGGUCAUUUUCACGAGAUGUGCUCUGGUGUCUCCAAAGACUUGGGGUGGCGUCCUGGUGCUGGGGUCCCGUAGGGGGGUUGGGGGAGGCAUGACGUGAACCGAGGCGCUGUGGUCGAAUGCCCAGUCCUCUCCGACGCCACGGCUCUCGGGAAGCGUCCGAGACGGAAGAGCUGGUGGUGGUGGUGGUGGUUGUUGUUGCAGAAGGCACAGGUGAGUCUGCAGAUGCCCUUCCUGAGCGCGCGGGCAGCACGAGGGCACAGAGAGCCCUCCGGCGCUGUGCGCCUCUCAGGAAUGGGUCCGACGCCUCGCUCCACCCUUGGCGUGUCCUGUUGUGUCCGGGAGGAGGGCUGUCGCCCUAAAACGAACCACACCUUAAAAACACUACACCACACCCCGACUCGACUCGGCCCUCCCGGACGGACCAGGUCACGGGCUGCGCUGAACGCUCGCCUCCGCUGGCCAGAGGU